AUGGACGCAGCUCGUCAAGACAUCGCUCAACUGGUUGAGCCGGUGGCUUCGCUAUUCGACCAGACUGGCUCGUUGAAACAGGACCACUCGAAGGUGGUCUCGGCUCUUUACCGCGGAGGUAUUCUUCGCCUCUCGAAACGGGCUCGUACUGAUAGUACGGGAGGAGACGUCCAGCGUAAAGCGUAG